UACGGAGCUGCUAUGCUAUCCGCGCUAUGGCAAAUGGCAAUAUUGAAUUUUUGAACGUCAACAAAUUUUGAGGUUAGGCGUCGCAUCAUUUUAGUUUACUUUAGUUAUUUUACGUAUUAUGUAGAGUUUUAGUGUUAAAAUGAGUUCUCCGAGUCGUGAUAACGAAGAGCCGUCUUCCACAAGUGCUGUGGCGGAAGCUGACACCGGUGGCGUCACCGUUGACAAAAGUGCAUUAGAGAAGCCUCGGCCGCCCGCCAAGCGGCGCCUCUCCAACACUGUCAUCGAGAUUUCAGACACCGACAGCGAUGAUUCGGACGUCUGUGCCGUUAAUUCCUACCAGGCUUCAGCUGAUGAGGUCAAGAGGAUCCGUGGCGAUGAGUACUCAUCAUCGUCGUCGUCGUCGGACUAUAGUUCUGACUCGGAGUCCCCGUGGGAGGACGACUCUGUGCUGCUGGAGGAGGAGAAGCUGGAGGGCAAGCUGGUGCGGGCGCACCUGAACCCUAGAGCUAACAGAAUGGAUGAUCCAAAGCUUAACCCUAAUUUUAAGGCUGAAGAAUUCUUAGAAAGACUAUCAUUAAACUGGAAAGACUGCAAAGACCACAAGAGUGAAGAUGUGACAUUAACAGCGGAGCCGUUUCGCUUGUGUCGUCUCCACAACCUGCUGGCCAACCCGGAGAUCAUCAACAAUAUAGUAGACGACAUGAACACACUGGACUGGUCCAGAAAGAAGAUGGACCUGUAUGAGUUCCACCAGACGGCUGAUCUCGCGAGUCUCACGUGGCAGCGCAGCAUCCGAGGCAUCUAUGAACUCUUGAAGACUGAAGUUAUGAGCUUAGUGUCGAAGGUGACGGGCCUGGAGCUGCGGUCGGUGUCGGCGUCGUGUUCGCUGUACGGGCCCGGCGACCACCUGCUGGUGCACGACGACCUGCUGGCCGACCGCCGCGUCGCCUUCAUCCUGUACCUGGCGCCCUGGAGACGCGUGCUCCGCGCCGUGGAGAACGGCGGCGGCGCCAACCAUGCCGAUAACGAGGAGUGCGACGAGACCUGGCGGCCGGAGAUGGGCGGCGCGCUGGAGCUGCUGGCGUGCGACGAGGACGGGCGGCCGCGCGCUGUGCAGCGCAGGGUCUAUCCCAGCAACAACACGCUCGCUUUCUUCAAAGUCGGCACCGACUCCUUCCAUCAGGUGGGCGAAGUCCUUUCGAUGGAGCUGCCCCGGCUGUCCAUCAACGGCUGGUUCCACGGCCCCGCGGCCGCCGCCCCCGCGCCUCCGCCCGCCUCGCCCAUCCUUGACCCGCCCUCCAAGCCCCACAACGAAGUGGUGCUGCUGAACGAGUGGGUGGAGCCGACGUACAUGUCCCCGCGCAACCGAGCGCAGAUCCAGGCGCAGAUGGAGCGCGACAGUGAGGCCAGCCUGCGCGACUUCCUGCAGCCGGCCAAGUACCAGGAGCUGUGUGCCGCGCUCAAGGACGAAGAGGUGGAAUGGGAGCUGGCGGGCCCCGCGCACCAGCGCCGGCACCACCGCGUCCGGGCGUCGUGGCUGGCGGCCGCCGGCGCGCGGCAGCACGCGGUGGUGCCGGCGCUGGAGCGUCUGCUGCGCUCCGCCGCCUUCGUGCGGCUGCUGGCCGACUGCACCGACCUCGCUCUGCACACGGUCGACGCCACAUCCAUACAGCGGUGGCAGCCGGGGGAUUUCACUCUGGUGCCGCCGCGCGCGCACUACCAGCGCGCGCGGCUGGAGCUGCUGCUGUACCUGGCCGCGCCCGCGCGCGCGCUCAGCGGCGGCUGCACCACAUAUCUGGCGCCCGAGGACGACGCCGGGGCGCCGUCGGACGGGGCGCUGGUGACGGUGCCGCCGGUGAGCAACGCGCUCAGCCUCGUGUACUGCGACAAGGGCGCCGCCUCCUUCACCAAGUACCUCGCCCGCCUCGCCGCCCCCCCUCACACCACCUUCUACAUCGUCAGCGCCGUGUACAGCGAAUGAUGGCGACUAGUGCACGAUUGACACGGCUAUCGCUGUGGCUACUGGUCUAAAUAUAAUUUGUCUGCUGUAUCGACUCGAUUCUACGUAAUCGACAAAGUCCAGAGCGAAUGAUGCUGUCGAGUGGACAAUCUCAUCGAUCGUGUUUUUGCUGGUGUUAGAUUUUAUUCUCUGAUUUGAGUGUUCUCCCGGUUACUGCUGGUGUCAAGCGUCAGAGCUCGUACAUCCUGUAGAUUUCCACAUCAUGUUUUACUUCAUCGUUAGCAAAUAGUCUAUGAUAACUUUACACGGGUCACUAUUACACUAACACACUCGGCUUUGCUGGCUCGUCAUCUUGAUGAAGCGUGACUUCAAAACAUGUGAAAAUAAUGGUCAGUGAUCUUUGACAUCUUCACGAUAAAUCUUAUGCUAUGUCGGUGGGAUCAGCACGAGUUAUUGCGGGAAACGAAUCAUAAACGUAUCACAAAAGUCAAAAUUUACAUAUAUAAAUUUAACUCCUUUUAAGCGCGAUAGAGACGCUGUUCAUUUUCUAUAUAAAUUUUGUCGAUUGCCUUCAAAAAUUCAUGUUAAUCUCACAGUGCAUCUCUAUAUAUACAUAAUUUUACUUACUAUUAUGUAUAGGUAUUUUUUCAAAAUGCAGAUAAAUUUAUUUGGUGCAAGCGGAGUGUCAAAGAUCACAGAUUUUUAUAGUUUCACUGGACAUAGAAUUAAGACUGCGGUGUUGCACCACAAACUGUGUAAAUAAUAAUAUUUACAGUAUUUUUGCAUCACAACUGUUUGUCUCCGAGAAUGGUUUGAAUUUAAGAAUAUACUUUAUGUAUUAUAUUGUAUUGAAUCCUGGUGGACGGAUAGUGUAGUAGUCGAGUCACGCAGUUUAGAAUGCUAGCAGAUAUAUUAAUAGCUUCGAUAAAGCAUCACUUUGUGAGUAUCAUCAAUAUUAAUUUUACACCGUUAGAAAACGAAGCAACAAAAAUAAUGCUUCAUUUGAAUGAAUUAUGAUAUUAUUUUCCAUGCAAGCGAAUGGAGAAUAUUUUUAAUGAGUAUCACCCGAAUUAGGGUGGUAUAGGCGAGAAAUUUGUUAAAAGUAUUUAGUCAAGUAAAUAAUUCUAUAUUUUUGGCACCACUCAGAGCAAAAGUGUCCAAAGAAUUUUUACUUUUUUUUUAUUGUACAGGGUGAAGUUUUAUACAUUGGCAUCCUUUUGUCUACACGUUCCGAUUGUUGCAACCACGACAAAAGAUUAGCUGUUCCAUACAAAAUCAAAUACCUAACUUGAGGAAAAUGUAUGGAACAGCUGAAUUUUUAUUCGCCAUGUCGGGUUAUUCCCAUACGAAAAGUUGUUCAGUAUCACCGACUGAGUGAGAAUGUAGGUACAUAAAAAUGCCAAUGUAUAAAAAAUCUCUUUGUACAUAAUUGACACUUUUCUCAAUCGCGCAAUACGUAUUAAAACAAUAUGAGUGAAAAACAAAUCAUUUCGGUGUUCAUAAAAGUCACUUUCACGGACAUUGGCUGUAACGACAAUGAUAAAAUUUUAUUUAGUUUUUGUCAAGUGUCGAUCUGUUGACUAUCAAACUAGUAUGGACUCUAUCUUGACGUUAAUAGAGCCGAAUUUGCAAUGAAUUUUUGUAGCUUGAUUUGCUGCUGACUGUUCAAUAAUGUAAAUAAGUUAAUUAAGUUAAAGAUAUGAUGCUUGCAACUUCAGUUUCUACUCUGUUAAAUUAUGUUUAAAUAGAUUUCGGAGCUAAAUCAAUGUAUGAGCUAGUGAUAAUCGUGUAUUAUUAAAAAACAGACAUGAGAGAAAAAUCGAUAUUGGAAGUUGUCUAAAAUAACAUUUCACUGUAAAUGACAUGAAACUUUAUUGUACAUUGAUUGUUUUUAUUAAUUAAACUCAUUUGAUGCUUCUUCUUUGGAAUAUAUUUAACUUUUGAAAAAAAAAGUUUAAAAUUUGAUGCUAGAAAUACAUUACCGGCGAACUCGGACGGACUCAGACACGAAUCAACGUACUUUGCGUAGUGUUUGUGAGCUUUUUAUUAAGCAAAGAAAAACCAGCAAUGUACAUUGCCAUGGGCGGUCGCUGUGUAUUUCUAGCAUUAAGCAGUUAAGGUUAGUUGACAAUGGACACAAUACAUGCUGAGCUCAAAAAUAUAUUUUAAAAUAAAAAAAAAAUAAGAACUAAAAUUAAAUUCCGCAUUUGUUCUAAUUUUAUGUAUGACAACGUCAUAAUUGUGUGGCAGUUAGCUCCUAGGUCCGUGUAAACGCGGCAAGCUGAGGCUCAGUCGAGGGCCGACAUAAUUUUAAUGAUAAUUUAUAGACUAAUAUCUAUAUUUUGUACAUAUUGUGAUAGAUUUAUUAAUUAAAUGCUAAGAAAUG